UUGAGCUAUUCUAAGCUCAUAAAAAUCCGUGGGGCCGAAAUUCAUUGGCAUUUAAAUGCACUUACUGCGGCUAUGACUCUGAAUAAUAAUACUAAUCUAUAUUUUUAUUGCAGAUUCAGUCCAUCCAUUAUUGUCUUAAAGUCAGUCGGAGCUUUUUAAAAGAAGUGCAGUUAACAUAAAGUUAUUUAUUCUGAAACGGCGGUGAAAAUGCGCUACUCUAAUACUUUUGCGAACAUAACCUAGAUGCGUUCAGUACCUUUACGAUCUUUCAAUGACUUUUUAGGCUUUGGCGCUCGAUACAGUAUACCCAAAGAAUGUAAAUGGAAUGGACGAAUGGUUUCAAAUCUAAUUUAUUAUCAGUCGAAUUACUUUUUGUUAAGCUUAGUUAUAAUAAUGUUACUGAGCGCGCUUAAUCCCAUUCCCGUUUUAACAGGACUUCUUGUGAUAUGCUUACCCUUGAUGAUCCUCCUAUUUUUAGAUACACAAACCCUUAACACUAUUAACCAACCAAAGAUACUUGUACCUGUAUGUAUUGUCAUCGCCAUGUUACUGAUUCGUUUCAUAUCUGGAAUCAUCUUUUUCUUUUGUGUCCUACUUAUUCCAGUACUAACAGUAUGCCUUCAUGCCCUCUGUAGACAACGUAAUUUAAAGAACAGAGUUUGUAAACUUGUGGAAUCAGUUCGCUCUGGAGAACAAAAGACACUAAUGGGAUAUAUGCUGGAAAUAUUUGGUGUAGAUGUACGACUGCUUACUAUUGAUAAUUAAUUGAAGAUCAUCUUGAUUAAAGAAGAUGCAUCUUUUCAUUGAACAAUUCAUUUCGUAUUGUUUCGUUCUUAUUACUGUUGCUUUGCUCAUAAAUGAAAUACUUGUGUUGUUCCUGUGAACUUUAGACUUAUUUAUUGCAUGCAUACUUCACCAAACAAGUUUUAACUCGUCUCAGAAAUAUACAUAUAUUGAUUGU